AUGUUGGUUCCACAUAAAGGAACAAGAGCACGGCUGCCCGCUCAUGUUCCUUUAUGUGGAACCAUAUAUAAACAAUAUAUAACAAAUAAACCGAAAAAAUGGGGUUAUAAAAUAUUUGUUCGCGCGAGUGUCUCUGGAAUAGUUUACGACUUCCUGAUCUACGGAGGCGAUGACACAUUCAGAUUGAGAGAAGUUUGCAGUUCUGAGAUGACUAGUGAAAGGGAGAUACUGCAACAGCUGACGGAUGUGUCCAACGAUGAGCAAAAUGUUGCGGGUUCUGCUAAUGCUAUCAGUAAUGCUGAAUACUGA